CAAAUCACGGCCCGCACCUCCUCCACAUUCUCGACCUCCAUCAAGUUCUGACCUCCACCCUCCAAGUGACGUCAGAAAUCACAACAACUGAUCAGACCAAUAGUGUGCUGCAUGCAUACUUCUGGGGUCCGGGUAACUGAACAGAUCCAACAAGCCAUCUCAAAGGAAUCAUAGUGAGUUGAACGUUUUCCUGCUUUGAUAUUUGAACAAGAUGCAGUGCGAGAUUGCUUUUGGAAUGUUUCGAUGUACUUUAUAAACCGUUGAUUGCUUGCUGGAUUUAGUCGACUGCACAAAGAGCAGCGAGAAUAAAGACUGGACGCGCGUCAAGAUGUUGCUGCACGCUUUGCUUUCGCGGCAGUGAGCAAAUGUGAUUCGUUUUCAACCAUUUGGUGUUUUGUCCAUGGAGGAGUUUCGAUACACAUUUCCGCGGAUAUCGAAGGAACAAUAUGAGCAUACUUAACUAUCUGAAGGGGUCAGAAGAACGCGGCUAGACGGUGGGCAUGGAACAAGAGGAAUUGUUUAUCUCAAUCUCUGAUGGAGAAACAUUAUGGGUAAUAAACCAACAAAUUGUAGGCUAUCCCUUGACCUAAUAAUUAAAUUUUAAGCUUCUGAAUCAUAAAGGAAUGGCAAACUCUGGCACCUCUCCAGUCUUUCCACGGCUGCAAAUAUUGAUUGUGUCCAUCGGCUGUGCAUUGGUAUGUCAUAGUCGUUCAUCCACCGCAUCACCGGCACACAACCAGCGUUUGAUAUGCUGGCAAGCCAUCAUCAAGUGCCAAGGAGAACAGGAGUGUCACUACGCGUACACACAGUAUCUACACGCGUGCGGUCCGGUGAUAAACGGCGACAGGAAGAAAUGUCCCAGCCAUUGCAUUUCUUCCAUCAUUCAGCUCAAUCUGACUGUGAACGGCCCGGCACUGGAGGACUGUGAGUGCGCUUCGGACACUCUGUGCAAGAUGACCAAGAGAGCCAUUGAGCCCUGUAUGCCUAGGACGAGCCACAUGGGCUGCACCGAAGCGCGUAAGCAAUGUGAGAAGGAUCCCGAGUGCAGCACCGCCAUGCGGGACUAUCUGUAUCACUGCAGGAAGCUCUUCGGUGGAGAGCGCUGCUCGGACGACUGCCGGCGGGUCAUCACGAACAUGCGCUCCAUCCCCAAAGCCCUGCAGCUGGACACUUGCGUGUGCGACGGCACAGAGAGGACCAUAUGCGAGUAUGUCAAAGGCAGCAUGAAAAACUUUUGCUUUAACGACCGGAAUGGCGGGAGUGGCUUUUCAGAUACCGAGGACGAACUGGAAUAUGACUACGAGACGGAUUAUGAGGACGAAGAGAGUGAUGCGUGGGAUUUAAGAGCACAGAAGAGUUUGAUUGUGAUGUCCACCAUUUUGACACUUUCUUCCCUUGUUAUAGUAAGAUAGGGCAUGUUUUCCGCAUUUUUGGCCUGGUUGGAAAUAAUAAAUUAAGCCCAAACACCCCCUCCCUCAGACGUGGAAGUAAAAACAAAAGAUGCGCGCGCGUGUGUGUUGUUAUAUAAACAAGACGUAUUUGUCGGAGUAUUAAGACACUUGGAAAGUCUCAAGGUUACAAACAACAGUAGCGCUACGUGAUCACUUUCCCGCGGUAAAAAGUAGCAUGUGACUUAUAACUUUAUUGUAGAUACUCCCAAAAUUAUGACAAGACUUUUUGUGUUUUGUAUAGAAUGUCUUAUUAGCUGCCCCGCGUAAAGUAGCCUUUGUUUCAAAGGGCAAAACAUGUUAGUCUCGAACCUUUUAUUCUUUUUUUUUUUUUUUUUUUUGGAUUCGAUUUGAUUUUAUAUAUAAGCGCGUAAAAUGUACAGUUAGACGAGAGAAUCAGCCAACUGGGUAAAAAUAAAGAAGAAAAUGGGAGAAGAAGAAAACCAGAAUCCCAUAGUCCCAUAGUGAAAGAUUGUUUUUAAAAACCUAGUUAAGCUGCCAAAAUCCGCACACUAUGAAAAGGAGUAAGUUGUCCUUUUAUGUAAAGAAAAUUUUGGAAAUAUAUGCUCUGCUAUAUAUUAAGUUAUUAUGAACUAUUGUGGAAACUGCUAUUAAAAGAGAUUAAUAAAUAUUGUUUAUUUUUGUAUAAAAGAUUGAUUAGUGUAAAAAAAGAUUAUUGUAAAUGUGUAUAAUGUUUCUAUAUCAUAUAAUUGCGUGAAUAAUGUUGAUAAACAAUACCAUGUAAUACUGUUUAUAAUGUUCAUAAAGAUUGGCUUCAAAUUAUUCCAAAGAU